AACAAAGCCAACAAGGAUAACGAACCUGCACUCCCACUCAUUUUCACUCACUCCAUUCUUCUUCUUCUUCUUCCUCUUCUUCUUCUUCUUCUAAUAAUAAUCCCCAUGGCUAUGGAUUCCAAUUCCAUUCCUCUCUCUUCUUCUCCACCAUUUUUCUAACCUUAUUCUCUUUCUCUCUCUCUUUCUGUCCCUAAUUUUAUACAAAAUCAGAACAGAUUAAGAAACAAGUUUCUAUUCAGUGAAAAGCGACCAGCUUUGGGUACCCUUUUGAUCGAAUUGAUGGACAGAAUGACCCUCUGAUUCUAUUUCGAUUCCGUUUCUGUCUCUGUUGAGGAUCCAAUUGAGGGUUUCGUUGGUUAACUGUGAUCACUAUGGACAAAUACGAGGCUGUGAAGGAUUUGGGAGCUGGCAAUUUCGGUGUUGCCAGGCUCAUGAGGAACAAGGUCACAAAGGAGCUCGUCGCAAUGAAAUACAUCGAGCGUGGCCGCAAGAUUGAUGAGAACGUGGCUAGAGAGAUUAUCAACCACAGGUCCCUUAGGCACCCCAAUAUAAUUCGUUUCAAGGAGGUUGUGUUGACUCCGACGCAUCUAGCUAUAGUAAUGGAGUAUGCUGCCGGAGGAGAACUCUUCGAGAGGAUAUGCAGUGCUGGCAGGUUCAGUGAAGACGAGGCUAGAUAUUUCUUUCAGCAGCUGAUCUCUGGUGUCCAUUUCUGCCAUAAUAUGCAAAUAUGCCACAGAGAUUUGAAGCUAGAAAAUACCCUUUUAGAUGGAAGUCCAGCACCUCGCUUAAAAAUUUGUGACUUCGGUUAUUCCAAGUCAUCUUUGCUGCAUUCGCGACCCAAAUCAACUGUUGGAACACCAGCUUAUAUAGCACCGGAGGUUCUUUCUAGGCGAGAGUAUGAUGGCAAGUUGGCUGAUGUGUGGUCAUGUGGAGUGACUCUUUAUGUCAUGUUGGUUGGAGCAUAUCCAUUCGAGGACCAGGAUGAUCCGAGGAAUUUCAGAAAAACAAUUCAGCGUAUAAUGAGUGUUCAAUACAAAAUCCCUGAUUAUGUUCACAUAUCUCAGGAUUGUAGACAACUUCUCGCUCGUAUAUUUGUUGCAAAUCCAUUGAGGAGAAUCACACUAAAGGAAAUUAAGAACCACCCAUGGUUUUUAAAAAAUCUUCCAAGAGAGCUAACUGAACCGGCUCAAGCUAUCUAUUACCAGAGAGACAAUCCAAACUUUCAUGUUCAGAGUGUGGAGGAGAUAAUGAAAAUUGUGGGAGAGGCGAGAAACCUGCCUCCAGUAUCUAGGCCUGUCAAAGGUUUUGGCUGGGAAGGCGAAGACAACGAAGGAGCAGAAGAAGUAGAAGAAGAAGUAGAGGAAGAAGUGGAGGAGGAAGAGGAAGAAGAUGAGUAUGAUAAGAGGGUCAAAGAGGUUCAUGCAAGUGGAGAAUUCCAAAUUAGUUAAGCAGUCAAAUUCUUGUGUACUGGUUAAAACUAGAAAAAAGAAAAGGAAAAAAAUUUCUGGAAAAAAACAGCUAUUUAUUUAUGUGUAUUAUAGUUAUAAAUAGAACUGCUUUAAACCAAUGAGGCAUUCUAAUGUAUGGUCUGUUGAUGUAAUUUUGUACUUGUAUCACAAUGGAUGCCAUGUAUAAGAACAACAUUAGAUUACAUUCUAAAUUGCCAUGUAUAAGAAUAGUAGUUAACAGACUGGAAAUGAUGCUCUUAUAUAUA